UGGUUAAUAUGGCUGCAAUGUUUAUCAUUUUCACAAUCCAACAAAUUGGUAUUAGACAGUAGCUAAUUACCACAUAUUUUAAGAUCAUAUUGGAAAUAUUGAAAAUAGCAAAAAUAAAACAUUAUAUAUAGCAAGGUAUAGUAGAAGCUUUGCAAAUUCAGUACAAGUGUUUCUGAUUAAAGAGUUAAGUAAGGGAGAAAAACAAUGGCUUCCUCUAUGAUUUCUUCUGCAGCUGUGACUACAGUCAACCGCGCCUCUUCGGUGCAAUCCGGCGCGGUUGCUCCAUUUGUUGGUCUCAAAUCCAUGGCUGGUUUCCCAGUUAGAAAGGUCAACAAUGACAUUACCUCCAUUGCAAGCAAUGGUGGAAGAGUACACUGCAUGCAAGUGUGGCCACCAAUUGGCAAGAAGAAGUUUGAGACUCUCUCAUACCUUCCACCAUUGACUGAAGAGCAAUUGCUAAAGGAAGUUGAAUACCUUCUAAGGAAGGGAUGGGUUCCUUGCUUGGAAUUUGAGUUGGAGAAAGGAUUUGUGUACCGUGAGCACAACAACUCACCAGGAUACUAUGAUGGAAGGUACUGGACAAUGUGGAAGCUUCCAUUGUUUGGUUGCACUGAGGCUGUUCAAGUGUUGAAGGAACUUCAGGAAGUUGUCAAGGCUUACCCUAAUGCUUUCGUCCGCAUCAUCGGAUUCGACAACGUUCGCCAAGUGCAGUGCAUCAGUUUCAUUGCACACACACCUAAAGAGUUCUAAGUUUGAGUAUUAACUCUCUUGGAAGAAUCAUUUAUUUUCUCCCAUUUGUUAUGCUUGUAAUUUCCUUUUCUUCUUCAAAGGAAUGUCUUCCUUUGUUUUUUCGGUUUUUACUUUCGGACUUCAAAUGCAAAUGGAUGGAUAAGAGUUAAUAAAUGAAAUGGUCCUUUUAUUCAUUCUCAAA